UUAGUGUUUUCAAUUGGUUUAAUUUACGCUGUUCUUGUUUACAUGAUUAGAGUGACUUUACGGAAGCAAAAGAGAAAUUUUACUGAAAUGAGUGAAUGUCGAAAGUCGUAAUGUAAUUGCUUUAUCAGAUUUUAAUUGAAUUUUGAUUUUGGUUGGAUAGUACGGUGCUCAUUAUGUCAGGGUGUUUUGAUAAUAUUCAUUUUAACCGCCCUGAAUGGUUAGAUCUAGGAGAAAAAAGAAAUUCUAUUGCUUCAAUCAUUGCUGGUUGUCUGUUUUUUACAGGAUGGUGGAUAAUUUUCUAUGUUGCAGCUCGUUAUCCUGACAUGAAUGACUUUAAUCAUGCAUACCAUGUAUGUGGAGUUAUUGGUACAUUGUCAUUCUUCAUGAUUAAUGCUGUAUCUAAUGGUCAAGUAAGAGGAGAUGCUUACACAACAGGAUGUUUAGGACAGAGAGGAGCUCGUGUUUGGCUAUUUCUGGGAUUUGUUCUUGGUUUUGGUUCACUCAUAGCAUCCUGCUGGAUCCUGUUUGGAAUAUAUGUAAUUCCAAUGAAAGUUCCCCAAGGACCUGGAGUAGCUGUCUUUCUUCAGAAUAUUUUUAUUUUCCUUGGAGCUCUAGUUUUUAAGUUUGGACGUUCUGAAGACUUAUGGGGUUAGGAAUCCAAGCUAAUUGUGUGUUUAAGCAGCUUCAUUAGGAUCAUCAUCACUACAGUACCUUUUGUAUUGACUUUAUUUUGUAUAAUAUUCCAUACUUCAUACAAAAGACUUUUCCCCCCUUUGAGAAAUAUAGUUGUUUACUUAUGUUUUUAUUUAUCUGGAAAGUGUGAUCUUUUUUCUUUUUUAAAAUUCAUAUCAGACUGCUGCAAACUGUACAAAAUAAAAGUGCUUUGUUUUAAUGAUACGUAAAAGACUUUACGUUCCUUUUCAAAUCCACCUAAUAAAUGAAAUCAAAUGAAUUUUUAAAGUAGUAGAUACUAACAGUGGUGUUCAAAACAAUAUAUGUGCAUGCUUUAUACAUGUGUAAAAUAAUUAUCAUUAUAAAUUUCUAUGCAGCAUUUUUUAAUUAUUGCUCUGUGUAAGAGACAUUUGUGCCAAUUUGGUAAACAUAUUUAAAAGCUGCAAUUAUCAGACUAUUAGACAUUUUCUAAAUAUUUUCAGCAAUUUUAGUGUAUUUUGAUAUUUUUCACAUGUGAUUACUUUAAAUGUUUAAUAAAUUUGUAUUAAUGUUUUGAAGCAUUAAUUUAUAAUAUUCCUUUUGUAUUUUUUUGAAGCAUACAUUUAUUAUGAUGGAGGAGUUAAGUAAUUGAAAAUAUAUAAGGAUUGCAUUUAAUAAUUAAAACUUAAAAUUAGAUAAUGGAAAUAAACUAAUCAUUAUUGGAGGUGUUAUGAAGUGUGUUAGCAAAAAAAUAAUUUUCACAUAUAUUGCCUACACUACUUCAUAAAAUAUGUUAUUGUUUAAUUCUGUAUGCUGUUUACAUUUUGCAUUCAACUUAUGUUCAACUAAAAGAUUUAUUUUAUAAUUUGUGUGCUAAGACAACAAGAAACAGUGUAACAUUUAUAAAUUUGCAGAACUUGUUUUGAAGGUUUAAGAGUAGAACAUACCUCUUCAGCUGCAGAAGUGCAAAUGAUGAAACAGAUGUCUUGUGUGCUCAGGUGGUGAUAAUUAGAGGCAAGCUACUAGUGCCAUCUACCGGUGAACAAUUGUAAACAGUUCCCUAAAAUAUAUAAAUAAUUUCCUUAAAAUUUGAGGGUGAAAAUUAAUUGGAACUGGUAUUGUUACUGGAAUUGAAAGAUUUUUAUGAAUGUAAAACACCUCCAGGAAAUCUUAAUUUUAUGAAAGAUUUUUUUUCAAAUAAUGUUGGCUGCAGUAAAAUGGAAAAUGUGAUAUUCUGACCAACAAAUUUAUGAAUAUUUUGCAGAUUCUUGUUGCUUUAGCACCACCAAUAAUUGUAAUUUGGUGUGUUAUUUUAACUCAGACCAAUUAUUUUUUAGUAUUAAACACACAUCUUUUGGACAUAGUCCGUAAAACGUGUUCUUAUUGUAUGUAGUGAAAAGGAUAUAUAUUUCCUUAGUUAUUGGCAGCUUGUUUCCAUACUGUUAUUUCAGAAAUUUUAACAUCUAUUAAUUUGAUUUCUGAGCCCUUCCAAAAAAACUUUUUAAAAUUAUUUAAGGAAUUUAAAAGUUUAGAAUUAAUAUUUAUUAAGAUUUAAAAAUUUCUUAAUGAUAAAACAUUUAAGUUAUGCAGAUAUUUUCUUAUAUAUUUUGGUAAAGUAACUGAGGAUUAACUCAUAUCAAAUACAAAAUAUGAGUUGCUAUCGUAAUAUUUAAAAUAUAUUACGAAGUGUGUUAGCGAAAAAUAAUUUUCACAUAUAUUGCCAACACUAUUUCAUAAAAUAUGUUAUUGUUUAAUUCUGUAUGCGUUUACAUUUUGCAUUCAACUUAUGUUCAACUAAAAGAUUUAUUCUAUAAUUUGUGUGUUAAGUUUAGAUAAUUAUGUAAAUAAACUCUUUCAGUGUGAUUUAGAGAUUUGAAAUGGGAAUUCUUAGGUGCCUCUAGCCUCAUAAGUGAAUAAUGAUUAAAUAUUCAAAUUGUAAUUGGUAAAAAUAGAUUAUUUUAUUUAUAGCAAGAUGUUUUGCAAUAAGUUAAUGUUGAUUUUGUUUUUUAUUUAAAUAUUACAUGUGUAAGUCUGUAUUUAAAUAUGUAACUUUGUAGAUGAAACCUUAAUGAGUAUUAUUCUCAGCCAUUUUACAGUUGCUGUGUUCCAAUUUGUUUUUAUAUAAUUGCUAAUAAAAUGCUUAAAAAUGUAA